AUGACGGGAAAACAAUCAAUUGUCAUUAAUGCUUGUUUUCUAAAAACAGGACAGUUCUGGCACGUAUCUGACUUACAUUUAGACCCUACUUACCAUCUCACCGAUGAUCACACCAGAGUUUGUGCUUCUUCCAAAGGGGCUAAUGCCUCCAACCCUGGCGCUUUUGGAGAUUUUUUGUGCGAUUCUCCCUAUCAACUUAUUUUAUCAGCAUUUAAGUACAUGAAAAAUUCUCAACAACCAGCUUCCUUCAUGAUAUGGACAGGGGAUAGCCCUCCUCAUGUUCCCGUGAAAGAACUCUCCACAGAGACCGUCAUUAAUAUUAUUGGCAAUAUGAGUUCCACCCUUCGUAGUUUCUUUCCAGAUCUCCAAGUUUUUCCUGUACUGGGUAAUCAUGACUACUGGCCACAGGAUCAGCUGCCUCCAGCUGCCAGCGAAGUGUACAAUGCUGUAGCAAACUUCUGGAAACCAUGGCUAACUGAGGAAGCCAUCAGCACCUUUCAGAAAGGCGGCUUCUACACACAACUAUUUCACUCCAGCAUGAGUUCUCAACCACUCAGGAUAAUCAGUUUGAACACAAACCUCUAUUACAGCCCAAACAUUGUGACUCUGAAUCUAACUGACCCAGCUGAGCAGUUAGCAUGGCUGGAAAGUGUACUAGAAAUCUCUCUGCAAAAGAAGGAAAAGGUAUAUAUAAUUGGACAUGUGCCAGUAGGAUAUUUGCCUUAUGUAAGGUACAUUACUGCUAUAAGAAGAUAUUACAAUGAGAGAUUGAUAAAAAUUUUUCGAAAGUACAGUGCUGUUAUUGCUGGACAGUUUUUUGGACAUACUCACAGAGAUAGUAUCAUGAUCCUUCUUGAUGAGAAAGCAAAGCCAAUAAACUCUUUGUUUGUGGCACCUGCUGUGACUCCAGUGAAAAGUCGUCUACAGAUGUUGUCCAACAAUCCUGGUGUCAGGCUCUAUCAGUAUGAUCCUUUUAAUUACAAUUUGUUGGAUAUUUGGCAGUUUUACAUGGACCUUAGAGAUGCCAACAAGAGAAAUGAAUCAAACUGGAAAUUAGAAUACAUCCUGACCAAAGCUUAUGGCAUCGAAGACUUGAAGCCAGAAAGCUUAUAUGGAAUGGCAAAGCAAUUCUCUGUGCCUCACAGCAAACAAUUCCAGCAAUAUUAUAGACACUACUUUGUGAACUAUAACACAAGCGUUGUCUGCAACAAGCACUGCAAGACCAGCCAUAUGUGUGCAAUCCAGUAUUUGGAUCACUCUUCCUAUGUAGAUUGUAUUAGGCAGCCUGCACUGUGGUGAUGAAAUUGCAAUCAAUACUGAUGUCAGUGUGAAACCUGCAUUUUAAGGAAUCUCUUCCACUGUUCAUGCUGAAAUGGGAGCCUGUGAAAAUCCUUUGUGAAUUGCAGGGGAACAGUAAACCUCCUAUAUAUUUUUAGUUUUUUAUAAAAAUGUGGGCCACAAUUUUCUGACUGCACCUAAUAAGUUAAAUAAAUUAAGAAAUAUGCAUAUGCAUCUAUAUAAUGCAGGCAAACACAGUUUAUGUUAAGAGCUCUUGAUUUUUUUCACAGUGCAGACUAAAUCAUAAUAUGCAGUUUGUCUCAUGGACCAGCUUCCUUCCUCUUUGUGAUAGUACAGACCCCCUCUUUCCCUGUUUAUGAUUUAAAUAUCAUCUCUGGUUCAAAUACAGGAGUUCUUUACACAAAAAGUAAUAUUAAGAAAGUAUUUUAAAUGUCUUGUAAUGUAUUUCAGUAAAGGAGAAUGGGAAGAAGCUAUUAUCCAUUUCCUACUAAACCCAGAGCCACAGUUUAGGAACUCUGCCCAAUAUAUUAAUUUUAGUUGGCUAGCCAAAACCAAAUAAUGAUGGUCACAAGGCUAACCCUAUUAUUAAUUUUUUGUUUUUCAUGAAGUCACAAGUUUGAUACACAUUCAGGUACUGAAGAACUUUCUAUGUUUUGUCUCAACCCAAAGAUGAAAUGUUUUAAGAAAUGUGUGUAUGGAAUCCCUUCAGUUGUCAGAUAUUUAAAAAUAUAUAUAUAUAUCAUGUCAUAAACAUGUUGGUCAAUACUGUGGUAUAUAAAGUCUGCAAGUGAUGAAUACUUGAUUUUUGUUUGCUUUCAGCUAUAAAUAUUUCCAUUUUAUGAAAUUUGAGAAUGUAAUUGAAUACUGAAUCCCAUAUAUUUUAGAUUAUGCACUACGAGAUGGUGCAGAUACAUGCUCCGAUUUGGCAAUAAAAUCUUUAAAAAGAAAUA